UGUGGGGGUUUUGGUAGGCAUCGUAUCGACCCAAACGAAGGCCUUUGUCUUCCCGUCCCCUCGGCUCGGCGUCCUCCCACCACCCGUCUCGCCCCUCCUUGCGAGUUCGCCGCCGCCGGCGCCGAUAUCCAUCCCGCGUUAGAUCCAUCCGUUCGUGUCCCGCGUUAGAUCCGUCCGCCCCUGUUGCACUUGAUUGUUGUUGCCUGCACUGCACACCGCGCGGAGAUGUCAGCGAGGGAUGCGGACACCGGCGAGCCGCCGGCGAAGCAGAGGGCGAUCAACCCCGUCGUGCCCACGAAGCACCCCUGGAAUCUCCCUGCCCAAAUCCCUCUCCUCCACUGCUCCUGCCGCCCAGAGGAUCAAGUGUUGGUGAUACCUCGAGAGGCUAACCUGCCCAUAGACGCAGAAACUAGGAAGGUCGUGGCGCGGGUCUCCCAGGCGGUCGUCAGCGUCGUCUCCUUUGACGUUGAUGGUGAUCGACUGUAUAAAGCUUCGGGAUUUAUUAUAGACUUUGAUAAAUCUAGUAUGAUUGGGACAAUAAUUUCAUCUGCAACUGUAAACAUUCAUGAUCCUGCUUUCCCUGACGUUGAAAAGAUAAAUAUCUAUCUAUUUGAUGGUGUCUCUUACGAUGCUACCAUAAUAGCAUGUGAUCAUCACUGGAAUUUGUUGGUCUUGUCUGUUUUAUUUUACCCUGUUGUCAAAACCAUGAAGUUUGUGGAAAUCAAUGAGAGCAGAACUGCAAGGGAUGCCUAUCAUGGUAUAGCAAUGCUGCAGCCUCACUCAACCCGUUACAAGCUUUGCCCUGGGGAUACAAUUAUUGGACUUGGUCGACAAUCUCAGGAGCCCUUUGGGCUUCAAGCGAAUCGUGGAAUUUACAGUGUUGAACGUUGGGCUGAUCUACCUAAGAUUUGUCAAGAAAUGCUGAGAGCAACAUUUAUAAACACAUUUACUGCAAUAGGAGGCCCAGCUAUAAACAAAAAGGGGAAUGUCAUUGGAAUGCUUUUCCAUAGUAUGAGUUUUACUCCUUUCUUGCCGUCUAACAUCAUUUUGAAAUGGUGGGACUAUUUCAAAACAACCGGGAAGUAUUGUCGUCCAAUGAUUAGUUUUGUGGGGUACAAUUUGCAUGUUGCACGGUCUUCACGUUGGGUGGAUGUUCCAACUUCUUUGCAUGAAGGCUUGGAUGGGAUUCUUGUUGAGAUGGUAUCUCGGGAGCUUUUAUCAGCAGGGUUACAAGAAAAAGACCUUAUUAUUCGAUGCAAUGGGAAACGUGUUACUACGAAUUUACAGUUGUUUGAAGUCUUGGUGGAAAAUAUUGCGAAAACAGUGGAGGUAACAAUAGUCAAGGCUGAGAACUGCAAUACUCAAUCAAUAUAUCUUCCUGUGGAGGAGGCUAUCGAGAAAUGCUUCUACCAGUGGCCAAUUUCACGGUACUAUUAGGAUGGACGGCUCUAAGGACCUGUUUGUCACAGCUCCAGUCCAGCCGGACAGUCCACCUAAAAUGGGAGUGGAGCUAGGUGGGGCGCUCUCACAAAAUGAACUAGAGAGGUGGAGGAGCUGAAUUUAGACUACUCCACAACUCUACUUCAAACUCAACUCCUGAACUACUUCAAACUCAACUCCUGAAGUUAAAUUUAGGAGUUGAAGCUCUACCAAAUAGACCUGUCACUACUGUAGCGGAUUCGACUAUGAUUUAGGGCUAGUGGACAUUUCAUGUUUGCGGAAUUAUUGUUUAAUAGCAUAUUAAUAGUCCAUGUGUUGUAUUGGGAUUUUAAUUAUCAUUAACAUGAUAUUACCAUUUUUAAUUAUUGUACAUAUUUGUUAUUACUCA